AUGAAUCUAUACCUCACGGCGCCAGUAGCGCUGGCUCCCACCCUCAAGCUACGGGUUCAUAUGGCAGCUAUGAACCAGUGGUCACUGGGAUGGCAGGCUGUACUAUCCAGGAUAGCAUUCAGUAGGUUUACGGGGGUUUCUCCUCUCCGUCUAGGAUCGAUAUUGUACAAGUCUGACGGAUCGCCCAGAUACUGCACCCCGCAAUACAGCAUUCCAAUUGUACCCGUUGCAACAGUAUCCGCUAGUGCAUCCUUCCCAGGGUCAUACUCCGGCUGUCACACUCAUGAUGGAGAAACGUAAGAUCAGAUAAAUCUCACACCCUAGCCAAUCCUGCCUAACAAAAUUAAUAGUUUCUGCGUUGGACCUGACGGCAAAGACUUCCUAAUCAAGGCUCUAUCUAACAACGACACCGAGCGCAGCGAACAUAAUGAUGGGCGUGGAGAGCACGGAGGUGAAGAGACAAAACAAAACUGCCACUUCCAUGCCGGGGUAGAACAUUGCACCGCCGGCUCCUCAACAUCAAGUCCAGGUCUAAGCUGCGCCCGCAGUCAACGAGACUACAACAUCCCCCUCCGUAUUGGCGCCACCUUCACCAUUCUAGUAACCUCGUCAAUCGCAGUCUUCGCCCCAAUAUUCCUGAAGCAGUUCACGAAGUUAUCCGCGACCUGCCUCACCUUCACUAUUAUCAAGCAAUUCGGGACAGGAGUUAUCAUAGCAACCGCAUACGUGCAUUUACUGACCCAUGCCCAGUUGUUACUUGGUUCGGACUGUGUUGGAGACUUGGGCUAUGAAAGUACCGCUACCGGAAUUGCCAUGGUUGGGGCUUUCCUCUCGUUUUUGUUGGAGUACCUUGGCGCACGCUUCAUUGAUCGAAGACGCUGCAGGAAUUCUACUAGCACGACCCCCGCUUCGUCGGUUUUGGACCCUAAAUACUCCGAGGGCGUAAUCACUGCUGCUCCACCUGGACACGUGCACGGAGGAGUUUCCGGUAAUGGAAAUGAUGAUAAACUAAGUGUUGCUGUGAUGGAAAUGGGGAUCAUAUUCCACUCUAUCCGUAGCCCCCCACUCUCCUCAUCACCUCAUCCCGACAGCGCGCUAACAAACCGUAGUGAUCGGGAUAACCCUCGUUGUAGUAGGAGACUCCGGCUUUGUGACCCUCUUUAUCGUCAUUAUCUUCCACCAGAUGUUCGAAGGACUGGCAUUGGGCGCACGAAUCGCCUCCCUCCCCAUCGACACCAGACUCCUCAUUAAGCUACUAAUGGGCGCGGGCUUCGCUGCCAUAACACCCAUUGGAAUGGCUAUAGGGAUUGGCGUAAGGAAUGAGUUCAAUGGCAAUGAUAAGGCCACUAUCAUCGCACUCGCGACCCUUGACGCAUUGAGUGCUGGUGUGCUUGUCUGGGUUGCGCUUGUGGAGAUGUGGGCCGCGGAUUGGCUCUAUGGCAAUCUCAAAAACUCGAGCGCUAAGAAGACCACCAUCGCGAUGCUUGCCUUGGUGUCUGGAAUGGUGCUCAUGGGACUGCUGGGGAAGUGGGCAUGA